UAAUGUAAGAUAAUAGUACAUUCGGAAUCAUUUAAGAAUCAAAUUGGAAUUCUGUGUGUUUUGCCCUCAAAUGUCAGAUAGGCUACUUCAUAUAUAUGUUUGCAUCCACAAAGAUAUUACCAGGAACACAAUUCAAAGGAUUUCCUGAUCCAAAAGGAAAAGUGUUAAUGUAUAAGAUAAAUGGAUUAAAUACAUACAUAUUAACACUCACAUUAAUAAUAUUGGGUAAAGUAUUUUUUAAUUUUACAUUAAUACCAUUGAUAGAACAUUUUUGGUCAUUUUUUAUAGCCUCAAAUAUUUUGGCUUUUGUGUUUUCUUUUAUUUUAUUAAUAAAAGGAAAAUUGAGUCUACAUUAUAAGCCACAUAUUCAAACAUGGACACCUUAAUUAUUAAAUGAUUGGUGGUUUGGAUCAGAAUAAAAUCCUAGAAUUUUGAAUGUAGACUUAAAAAUGUAUUUUUAUGAACCAUCAUUGAUCGGAUUACAAAUAUUCUUAUUAUCAUUUGCUGAAUAUUAAUACAAUACUUAUUCAACAUUAUCAAUAAACAUGAUUCUAUUUCAAGUUUUUUGGUUUAUGUGGCUUAUUACACAUUAUAUAAGAGAAGAUUUUAUGUUAUCAACUUGGGAUAUUAUAGCAGAAAACUUUGGGUUUAUGUUAGUUUGGGGAGAUAUUGUAUAUUUACCUUAUCUAUAUUGUAUUGGAGGAUGGUACUUAGGUGAUUUUGUACAGAAUAGCCCAACAAUUUAUCUGAUAUUUAUAACAUUGUUACAUGUGACUUCGUUAUAUAUGUAUAGAGAUUCUAAUUGGUAAAAGGAUAGAUAUAGAAGAUUAGGAGAUAAAGCAAUAAUAUGGAAUAAAAAACCAUAGACAUUAUAAAAUAAAUUAUUAAUUAGUGGAUGGUGGGGUAUAGGGAGACAUUUAAAUUACACAGGAGAAAUUUUAGUUUAUCUUUCUAUUGCAAUGUGUGGAGAAUUCAAAGCUUUUAAUAAUUAUAUAUUGCCUUUAAGUUUAUUUUGUUUACUGACUCACAGGGCUACAAGAGAUGAUAAGCGUUGCAGAGAAAAAUAUGGUAAAUUAUGGCAAGAGUAUUGUUAAAUAGCCAAAUUUAAGAUAAUUCCAUUCAUAUUUUGA